AUGCUGGGUUGGACUGAAUUGGGUCUGCUCGUCGCCGUUGGCGGCUACGUCGUUGGUUUGCGCGGUUUGCCGAUGUUGGCUCGUCAUGUCGGCUUUGGCAUCGGAACAUCAAUCAAAUAUUUGAGGGCCGGCACCACUGCCUUGGGCGCCGCAGCCCGCGAACACAACGUGACUCAGCUGCAACAAGACAUGCAGGCUGGUCUAGCCGAAGUGCGCCAGAUUCAGGCCGAAUGGCAAAGCCUCACGCAGUUGCGGUCUUUAACUGGCAUCAUCAACCCAAGUUCACCCUUGUGCCCUCCCCCAACCUCAGUCAUGGCAAUGUACCAGACCCUCGGGCGCCACCAUCAUCAAAUGAGGCGCCGGCAGAGCCGGUCUUGGCAGCACCAGAGGCUACUGGGUCGUCCACACCCGAGGCGCGCUCAGGGCCAACCUUGGUAUCGACACCAGCUUCUGCUCAACCAGCUUCUGCUCAACCAACCAAUGGGGCGGGGAACAUGGCAGGUGCAGAUUGGCUAG